AUGGCACCCAAGAAGAAGAAGACGAAGAACAAUAAGAAUAAUAACAAUCGUUCUCCCGCCGGUUCCGCGCCACCCCCUGAACUCGAGAAUAAAGACUCUGCCCUGGACCCGGCAGCAGCCGCUGUUGAAGAUGGCUUUCAAGACAACAAGGAGCCCGAAACCGCCGAACCGGAGAAGGACCCUGCCUCUGAAGAUCCCUCCGCUGAGCCAAGUGGAGAUGAUAGCGCAGCCGCUGAGCCCACAGAUUCAGUAGAGGCCGCACCAGCCGAGUCUCAACCCGACGAACCUGCCUCAGAAUCUAAAGAAGAGGGCAAGGAUGAGCCAGCACCGGAUGCAGGAAAUCCCGACGAGGCUUCUAAGGAGGCUGCCGUAGAAGAUGCGACACCCGCAGAGGAUGCUAAACCUGCUGAUGGUGCAGCACCCGAAGGCGAUACAAAAACUGAAGAGGAAGCAAAGCCUGAAGAAGACCCAAAGUCUGAAGAAGACCCAAAGUCUGAAGAAGACCCAAAGUCUGAAGAAGACCCAAAGUCUGAAGAAGACCCAAAGUCUGAAGAAGACCCAAAGUCUGAAGGCGACUCAAAACCCGGAGACGAUGCAGCGCCUGGCGAUAGUGCGAAGUCUGAAGAGAACGCAAAAUCCGAAGGAGAUGCAAAACUCGAAGGUGGAGAAGAUGCUCCAGCAGGCGACGACACGAAAAAAGCAGGCGAUAACGGCAACGAUGACGAAGCUUUCCCAGAUCUUGAUCUUGAUGUAGAUCCUGAGACAGUAGCAGCCGAGAAAGAGGCUGAUGCUAAAGCGGCCGCCGAAGACGCUCUAGAGAAUGGGGAAGAUGCACCAAAGGCCGAUGAAACACCUGCAGAGGCUGCCGAAACUCCAGCAGAGUCAAACCCAGAGGCUAAAACGGAAGAUCAACCAUCAGCCGAUGCAACCCCACCCACAACACCCGAGCCACCCACAGAGGAGCCACCUGCAGAGGAAAAGGCAACGGGUAAGAGUAAGAAAAAGAAGGGCAAGAAGGGGAAGGCCGCUAAGGCAGCUGAUCCAGAGCCAACGCCCGAACCCGAACCAGCGGCCGACCCAGCGCCAGCGCCAGAGCCAGAGCCGGAGCCGGAGCCAGUGGCAGAUCCAGAGCCAGCGCCCGAACCAGCCGCCGAAAAAGCGCCGGGGCCUGAAGCUGAACCCGACAAGCCCGCAGAUAAUUCUCCUGAUGCCCCAGCUCCAGAAGAGCCAGCAGCAGCCGAGCCACCCACAGAGGAGCCAGACGCCGAGCCCGAAAAGCCUGCAGAUAAUCCCCCUGAUGUCCCAGCCCCAGCAGAGCCAACGGCAGACGAGCCAUCCGUAGAUGAGCCAAAGCUAGAGGAGAAAUCAGCGGGUAAGGGCAAGAAAAAGAAGGGCAAGAAGGGCAAGGGUGCUAAGGCAGCUGAUCCAGAGCCAACGCCGGAACCCGAACCAGCCGCCGAGCCAGAGCCAGCGGCAGAGCCAGCGCCAACGCCAGAACCAGCCGCCGAAAAAGCGCCGGAGCCUGAAGCUGAGCCCGAAAAGCCCGUAGAUAAUCCUCCUGAUGCCCCAGCUCCAGAAGAGCCAGCAGCAGCCGAGCCACCCAUAGAGGAGCCACCCUCGGAGGAGCCACCUGCAGAGGAAAAGGCAGCGGAGCCAACGCCGGAACCCGAACCAGCUGUCGAACCAGCUGUCGAACCAGCGGCAGAGCCAACGCCUGAACCAGAAUCAGCCGCCGAGCAAGAGCUAGCGGUAGAGCCAACGCCGGAGGCUGAACCAUCACCUGAAACAACGGAGGCACCAGCAGCAGAAGAGGAAAAGGCUCCGGAAGAACCUGUCAAGGAACCACCAGUUGAGGGAACACCUGCUGCCGAACCUGAAGCUGCUGCGGAGGGCAAGGUGGAAGCUGUAGAGCCCGAAACAGUCGAGGAAACUCCCAAAGAGGCACCAGUCGAAGAAAGCACUCCUGCCGAUCCUACUCCCGAACCCGCUGCUGAACUCGAAACUGCUGCUGAACCUACCCCCGAGCCUGUUGUUGAAGCUCCUGUUGAGCCCGCUCCCGAGCCCACUCCCGAGCCUGCUGCUGAGCCUGAAGCUCCUGCCGAACCUGAAUCCGAGCCUGUUGUUGAAGCUCCUGUUGAGCCCACUCCCGAGCCUGUCGAGCCUGAACCUGCUGCUGAGCCUGAACCUGCUGCUGAGCCUGAACCCGCUGCUGAGCCUGAACCUGCUGCUGAGCCCACUCCCGAGCCUGCUGAGCCUGAGCCUGCUGCUGAGCCUGAGCCUGCUGCUGAACCUGAGCCUGAGCCUGUUCUUGAAGCCCCUGCUGAGCCCACUGAGCCUGCUGCUGAAACUCCCGCUGAGCCUGAACCUGCAGCUGCUGAAGAGCCUGCCGCUGAAGUGAAAGAAGUGACCGAAGAUGUCCCCGCUGCUGUAGAGGAGACUCCUGUCCCAGAACCAGCAGUUGAGGAGGCACCUGCUCCCGCCCCAGUGGAAGAGACACCAGUGGAAGAAGCGCCCACUACCGAGACACCUACAGAACCCGUAGCAGAACCGGAAGUCGUACCCGAUGAGGUACCAAAGGAGAUUCCAGAGGAAGCACCUGCUGAUGAGCCAACCCCCGAAGAGCCAGCUCCUGUCGAAGCUGCCCCAGCUGAGAUCCCAGCACCUGAGGAACCCCCGGCUGAAACAGUUGUUCCGGACGAGGCCCCAGCUGAGACACCAGAGGCCGCAGCUGCAGUCCCAGCCGAGACUCCAACGCCGGAAGAGGCAAUGCUCGAGACACCGCUAGAGGAGCCAAUCCCUGAGCCAGAGGCUGCCAGAGACCUCCCCGCUGAAGACCCACCAGCAGAACCAGAAGCUACCCGGGAGCCAGUCACUGUUCCCGAUAGCGACGAAGUGGCGCCCGACGAGCUCGUACCACCCCCAGGAGACUCCCAGCCUGAGGUGGAGAUGAUCGAUGCCGAGCCUCUCGACGAAAGCGCAGAAGCCGCAGCAGCCCGCCACAGCCGACGCCGCAGAAAGCGCAGUUCACCGAUCGAGGGAGAGCGUCGGCAUUCUAAGACAUCAUCCGACGGCCACCGGGAUCAACUCCAGCGCCAGAAGAGCGAACGAGGCAUCUUCACCAACCGCUGGGCCAAAGCGCUGGAAGAAGCACGACGCCAACAUGAUGAGAAAUCCCAGUUGCAACGAAAGCAGCGCGCUCUUGCCGAGGAACGAGAGCGCAGCGGCAUCCCCGCCCCUGACAAACUGAAACGCUCGAAGAGCUCGUCCAAGGAGAAGGCGAAGGAGCAGGAGAGAGCAAUGGAACCAGAAAUGGAGGCCGAAGUCAUCGAGCACAGAUCCAAACGCCGCACCUCCGAUACUCCCUCGAGCCCUCUCGAACGAGCCCGCUCAACCAGGACUUCUUCACCGAAGCAGGUAUCAACAUCGCUACCGACGCCCAAGCCCCGUGCCUUCCUGCGAUACAUGACAGAAGGCAAGUCGGAUACCAAUGGGCCUUUGCUGCGCCUAAAUGCCACCAAGGCUGCACCGCCGAUUGAAAAUCCGCGCCGAUCAUCGCCAAGUCAUAGCAGUGGCAGCCGUCACGAUCGGGCGGAGUAUGAGGAGGGUCAGUCUGCUGGUCGGUCUAGUGGAUCACGGUCACGACGCGAAGAGGAGCAUCCUCGCAGUGAGCGUGUUGAGCGCACUGAGAGCAGGAGAGUGCGACACUCGACUGAACACGGUCGAGAGCACGGCCGAGAGCACGGUCGAUCUAGGGAAGAGAGGAAAGAAAGAGAGAAGGAGAAAGAGCGAGAGAGGGAGAGAGAUCGAGAGAAGCAUGAGCGUGCGCAUGAGCACGCACGUGAACGGGAAAUUGAAGGUGAUACGGAGAGGGAGCGGGAGAAGAGGCCUGAGGGCGCCUCCCGGCGUUCCAGGGAGUCAAGAGAGGAACGCUCUCAUCGUCGCCACAGGCGCGAGGAAUCACCUCCUCGAGAGGAGUCGAGGCUCAAGACUAUCUGGAGAACGAUUGCUGCCCAUUGA